AUGUCCGGUCCCGCCACACCUGUCCGCGCCCUGAGCCCGAGGGGAGGGGACGACGUGGCCAUGGCAGGCGCAGCUGCACAUGCAAAUGCAAAUGCGCAUGCAGCUGUGAGGCUACGCACCCUCUGUGCCUCUGCCGCAGCGAGCAUCAAGGACGAGUGCGACGGCGUCCUACAGAAGGCUCUUGUGGCCGAGGGUAGCAUCCGACAAGAAGACAAGGACAGUGCUGCGGGCGAGGGUCGUCUGGGUGAGGUGGGCGGGCAUGCGGCCGCGGACGAUCGUGAUCAAAGCACCACGGCGGCGACGAAUGGCAGCGAGGCCAGGCUUAGUCUAGCGGACUGCGGCGAGCCGCUGGUGCAUCUGCUCUCACGACAAGCGUCGCGACUAGUUGCUCUAUACGAGGCGGACAUGCCAUCAAGCCCGUCCCUCAUGUUGCCAGUAGCCGUCGGCCCGGCCAAGGCUGCCGAGCAUGACAGCCAGUCCAGCGCUGUACCUUCACCCGUACAUGGGGCCCGGCAGCUCCACGGCGGUCACGCAAGCCACGGCAGCGCCGCCGGGGACGAUCUCAUCCUGAAGAGGCUCGACGACAUCAUAUCGAUUGCGUAUUCCAAGUUCUAUGCAUAUCUCUACAAGGACCUGCCCCUUUGCUGGAGGCAGCUUUACACGGAUGCCAGCAUACUCAAGUUCAGCUAUCUGUUCCUAUCCUCGUCCCAGCAAUCACAGGGACUAGAGCGGAGUGGAGUUGACGCAACCAGGUCAAGCCAGGAUGCGAGAGACGCAGCCGAGCGAUUAGAGUUCAUGGUCAAGACCUUGGACUUGGCACUGAUACUCGCUGGGGCAGGUGGUUUCUCGCGAGGUAGGAAGUGGAUCGACACGGCCUUCGACCUUUUUCAGAACGUUUGGGAUUUCACCAAUGCCGAUGAUACCGUCACUUCUGCAAUACGCGGUUCCCGUCAUGGUUGGCAAACCAUGACGACCGCUGCCGCUGCCACUGCCACUGCCACUGCCACUGCCACGCUGCCCGCAGCAAAGAGGGCCAGGCUCGAUCCGUCAGCUCACAAAGAAGCGGCGCCCAGGCCAGCGUUGCGUUCAUUUUCUACGUUCGAGCCCUUCACACCACCCGUCCGGAAUGCCAUUCGCCGCGUCUCUGCAGAUGUCAUGGACAUGGCAGCCUUCCAGCGGUACCUCGACUGCGCAGAUCCGCAUCGAGGCCCCGAGCCGCUGAUCUUGACCGGGCUAAUAGAGCACUGGCCAGCCAGGAGCACCCGCCCAUGGAACAACCCGAAGUACCUGCUAUCGCGAACCUUCGGGGGGCGAAGAUUGGUUCCCGUGGAGAUUGGCAGGAGCUACGUGGACGAGGGCUGGGGGCAGAAGCUUGUGACGUUUGGCGAAUUUCUGAGGAAUCAUAUCGACCCGACGACCCCAGUGGCCGCUGAGGAGGACGCCCCUGCACCAGCGGGUCAGUACCAAGAACGGCGACGCACGCCCGCGGCCGAGCAGCAGGCAGGUGACAGAUCAGAUGCUGCUGCUGCUGGUCCUCCCGGGCGCCGCCCAGCAGCACCAGCAGCAGCACCAGCAGCAGUAGCCUACCUGGCACAGCACCAGCUGUUCCUCCAGCUCCCGCAGCUGCGAAACGACAUCCUCAUCCCGGACCACUGCUACACCGCGCCCCCUCCCCACCCCACCGACCCUUCGCAAGACCAACCAGAGCUCGACACCCCGCUCCUCAACGCCUGGCUUGGGCCCCCGGGGACCAUCACGCCCCUCCACACCGACCCGUACCACAACUUGCUCGCCCAGGUGGUGGGCAGGAAGUACGUGCGCCUGUACUCGCCCCUCGAGAGCGGCAGGAUGCGCGCGCGCGGCAAGGAAGGCGGCGUCGAGAUGCACAACACGAGCGCCUGGGACGUGGGCGCCCUCGAGGGGUGGGACGAGGCGGCCGCCGGCGGCAGCGGCGGCGGCGCCGGAGGAGGAGGAGGAGGAGGAGGAGAGGGCAGCGACGCCGGCGGGCGCGACGCCGGCAGGGAGCAGUUUGGCGAGGUGCCGUUCGUCGACUGCAUCCUCGAGCCCGGCGACACGCUCUACGUGCCCAUCGGGUGGUGGCACUACGUCAGGGGCCUAAGCGUCAGCUUCUCGGUGAGCCUUUGGUGGAAUGGCUGA